AGUCCACCGGCCCUGCAUUGCGGGAGGCUUGACGGGGGGAUAACUUGUCGCUCCCGUGCGUGUGCGCGCUCACAAGCCGCACAGCAAGUGACGGCCGCUCACGUUACGUUGAUUGGCACCAUUCGCUUGUUGUUGUUUGGAGGAAAACGGCCACAUGAAAAGUUUAGCGAGCGCGGUGCACUUUGGCGAGAUGCCCCCCGCCGCCGCCGCCGCCCGGACGCUCACUCGCCCCUAUGGAAUAUAGUCCCGCUGUCCACGGUGCCCAUGUUGUGCCAGCACCCCACGUGAAGAACAAAGUGUUCGUCUUGUGCAUCAUGCUGUCCCUGUGGGUCUACAUGAUCUACUGCUGCUUGGGCUCCAGCUCGGCCGUGCCCGGGUUCGGGGCGGCGGCGCGUCCGUCCCGCGACUUGCUCGACGACGCGUCGGACGGCAGAGGGGACGAGUGGGACGACGGCGACGGCGACGUCGACGCCGCGGCGGCUUUCCUCAAUGAGUCGGCGAGUCAAAAGUUGCCCCGGGCCAUCAUCAUCGGCGUGAAGAAAGGGGGCACGCGCGCCCUGCUGGAGUUCCUGCGGCUGCAUCCGGACGUGCGCGCGGCGGGGGCAGAACCGCACUUCUUCGACCGCAACUACCACAAGGGCCUGGACUGGUACAGACAAUUGAUGCCAAAGUCCUCCGAGGGUCAGCUGACCAUGGAGAAGACGCCCAGCUACUACAUCACCAAGGAGGUCCCCGCUCGUAUCUACACCAUGUCUAGAGACACCAAGCUGAUCGUGGUCGUCCGAGACCCCGUCACCCGAGCCAUCUCGGACUACACGCAGACCCGCUCCAAGAAGCCGGACAUCCCGUCUUUUGAGAGCUUGACCUUUAAGAACACGUCGGCGGGCGUGAUCGACACGGCGUGGAGCGCCGUUCAGAUCGGCAUGUACGCCAAGCACCUGGAGCGUUGGCUCCACUACUUCCCCAUGGAGCAGCUGCUGUUUGUCAGCGGCGAGCGGCUCAUUAGCGACCCCGCCCUGGAGGUGGCGCGGGUCCAGGAUUUUCUCGGGCUCAGGCGAGUGGUCACCGAGAAGCAUUUCCACUUUAACCCAGCAAAGGGCUUCCCUUGCCUAAAGAGACCAGAGGGCCACAGCAAACCUCACUGCCUGGGCAAAACCAAAGGCAGAACCCAUCCUAACAUUGAUCCGGGGGUGGUGCAGAGACUACGGGAGUUCUACAAACCAUUUAACAGGAAGUUUUACCAGAUGACGGGUCAUGACUUUGGCUGGGACUGAGAAGAAGACGAGAGCAGCAAGGCUAGUUCAUUGACUUUCGUGUGUGUGUAUUUUUAUUUUUUAUAGAGUUAUAUCAUCCAGAAGGUGUAGAGAGUAUAUUUGCCAGCUAUGUAUAGAGUUCAGAAGUUUAUUUUAUGAUAAUUUAUUGCUAUUAUAUGAAAUUCCUAAGCUGUGUAAGCAGGUUUACUCUCGAUCAGGGAUCCUCACACUGUAGUGCGUGCACCCCUGAGGGUGACUGUUUUGUUUCAUUAUUUUACCUUCCAUUGCAUUUUGCCCCAAGUAAAAAGGUUAAAUACAUUCAUUUCUUUACAAAAAAUAAAAACAAUAAUAAUAUUGGAGGGUAUGUACAGUACCCUAAAUGCAACUUCGCUGCUGCCGGUCGUCCCGUCAAAUCAACCAUCCAGCUCUGGCAUCUAAUUGUGGCACGUAAAUUACAUAUUGUAGAAAUAUUCUGUCAGCUGUUUUGACUGUGCUUUUAAAUGGGUUUCGCUGCUUGUUUAACGUGUCUGUAGGCUCCCGAGUCACUCGACCCCUUUUAAGCCACGCCCCACAAAAAUCUGAAAAACUGAAAUGACGAAAAACUAUUUCGCCACAAUUGCGUACUACAGUUUUCAGUCUUUGCGCAUGUUUUCAUCAAUUAUCUUCAAACGUAUAUUAUCUCUGACAUCACUUUACAUGGCCUUUGUUUUUUGUGCCGUCUCUCUCAUAAUGGGGGUGCGUGACUUCACAAGUUUGGCAAAGGCUGCUCUAGAUCGACCAAACAAUUUUAUUCCUCAAAGCACAAUGUUGUUACGGGUAUUUCAAGCAAGGACAUUUAGAUUUUUUUUUUUAGCCUUCAUUUUCAAGUUUUGUGUCAGUUCUUUCCAUUCAUUUUUUAAAAAGCUCCUUUUGGGCUCACUUCAACCUGACUGAGCUCCAACUAGUAAUAAUAAUAAAAUCCCCUUAACAUCUGCUUGACCCUCAGUAAACCGUGGACUCACUUAGUAAGGUCGAUGCGGGCCUCCGAUGAUCCAGUGUCACUCGGCUCGGUCGAUCAAUACGGUAAUAGCUCUUCAUCACGUCAAUUAGACCCGACGGAUGGCGCAAGCGCAAUCGCUGGAGCUCCGCAAUAAAACACAGAUCCAUUAAUGCUCGUCAGGUUAUGGCUGACCUUUAAGCCCGAUUCAAUUUUAGAUCAUAAUUUCACAUUUCCUCCGCAUAGUUUUGGGCUCUCAAACAUUUCCACAACACAAUGCAUUCGAGGCUCCAGUCCUCCCAUGUUGGGACGAUUCCACCUGUUUUCCAAAGAGCUGCAUAACGUCCGUUUGGAAACCAAACUGAAUCAAUGCUUUUAUCACAGGUGACAUCACAUGUGACAGUUACGCCCUUGUCCAUGAUGCUUUAGUUGAUGGAGAGUCCACCACGUAGUCUGCUAGGGGGUGGGGGGGGGGGAAAUAAGCUUUAUGUAUGGUUGAGUUUUAUUCAACACACAAACAUUUGCUCAAAUAAAUGCCAUUCCCUGUUGUCGUAGAGGCACUAUUUUGCUGUAUGCAUCGUUUGAACAUUGGAAUGAGGCAAGUUAAAUGGUGUACUUUUUAUGACGUAAUAAAUAUGUUUUACAAAAAGUG